CAUUCGUUAUCCAGCAGAGAAGUUGAAACUGCAGUAGCCGAAGCAAAAUCGAAGCAAACGCAUCAUGAGAGUUUACCACUUGCUGCUUAUUGGAUUCGUGUUGGCGGUGAUCGCCGGCGGUCGAGGUGCUUUGGCCCAUCCCAGGCAGGAGGUUACUACUUGCACCACCACCACGUGCACUACCACCACCUGCACCACCACCACUUGCACCACCACCACUUGCACUCCGACUCCUUGCACCACCACCACUUGUGCCCCUCCUCCACCGCCGCCUUGCACCACCACCACUUGUGCCCCGCCUCCACCGCCGCCUUGCACCACCACCACUUGUGCUCCUCCUCCGCCUCCGUGCACUACCACCACUUGUGCUCCUCCUCCGCCUCCGUGCACACCACCACCGUGCACACCACCACCGUGCACUAGGACUCCACCGCCGUGCACCAGGACACCCCCACCGUGCACCAGGACUCCACCACCGUGCACUAGGACUCCACCACCGUGCACCAGGACUCCACCACCGUGCACCAGGACUCCACCACCGUGCACCAGGACUCCUCCUCCGUGCACCAGGACACCACCUUGCACCCCACCUUGCACCCCACCCUGCACCACCACCUGCACCCCUCCCUCUAAUGUCGUGAACCCCGAUGAUCCAAUUAUUCCCGACUUGGAUGACGGAAUUGUGGCCAUCAACAAGAUCGCCGAGACGCUGAUCUCGCGCCACGACUGCCGUGGCCAGGAGGACGGAACCUUCUUUGCCGACGUGCGCCACUGUCGCCGCUACUACGUGUGCAGCCGGCAGCGAUCCAGGCGCCAGAGCUGCCCCAGCGGCUUCUGGUUCGAUCGCGAGGCGAAGGCCUGCCGACUGGCCAGCCUCGUCGACAAUUGUGACGCCAGGCGCAACUAAGGCGGCCAGUGUGCCCAUGCAACGCUAAUUGGUCUUACAGAAUUUUUUUUCCCACUUUUUCAAAGAAUAUGUCAAGAAGGCAAGUGUGAAUUAAUUGUUACCAUUCCAAGGCAAUAAAUAAAUGUUUCACUGAUUAUACAAGAAAA